GUCGCCAAGGAGAAACCUGAGCAACGAGCAAGCAACGAGCUCACCGGCUGACGACGGCACCACCCUCAACGACAAUGGGCUGCUGUUGUUCGCGUCCAGGGCAUGGAGAGAGAGGUGAGCUGGAUGAGAGGCAGAUGAACGUCAGGAGGGGAUGAAAUUGGGAUGACAGCACGUGCUGAAGACUGAGAGAGCAAACAUACAGACGCAUGUGGAUGGCUUCUGUGUCGUCUUCGUGUGUGUGCAGGCCAGAGGGAGAGGGACAGGGACAGGGAGAGGGAGAGGGAGAGGGAGGGGGAGCGAGGGGUGGAGAGGGCGGCGAGAACGUCUGUCGCUUCGCAGGUAAGGAAAAGAGAAGGGCCCCAUGUGGUUGGUGGUGUCAAAGAGGAAGUCUCAUAUGUCCGAUCUAUGCUCCUGUGUGUGUGCAGCGACGAGAGGGGGUGUCCCUGGCGGGGUGGCAGUACGCCAGGGCCCCUGCACCAACCACCACCACGGUACCACGAGCAAGACGAGCAGCUUGCUGGCCUCAAUACAUCUCAAUACGUACAUUGUGUAUGUCUGUAGGGGCCUGCAGCAGAGCAGCAAGGGGGGCAAGCCGCACCAGCACUGGUAUGAUAACAUGCCCACAAGGAAUGAUCAAUGCACUCUUCCUGUGCGUGCCUGCAGCAGGGCCGAGCAGUGCACCGGUGGGAGGCGGGCAACCUCUCCCGCAGCUGCUCCGUGCGGCGGGAGGUGGGUAGUGGGCGGCUGAUGCGCCACGGACGCUGCCCUUCCUGGGCGGCGAUGUGGACGCGUUGCGGCUGGAAGGAGAGAGGAUGGCGCAGGUAAGGGAAUGCCAAGAGACCAUCAUGCCAUGCGCGAUAGAAGGCCAGAUCUCCCUGCGUGAUGAAUGUCAGGCUGAGGCCAAGAAGCGGCGCCGCAGCAUCGCCCAGAUCGCCCUCACCGGCUGCCAGCGGCAGAUCGAGGGCCUGCGGGCGCAGAUCGAGAUGCUGCGGGCCUCCAAGGCCGGCCGCCGCCAGACAGCGCGGGAUGAGGCGUCAGCCGGGGAGACCAUCCGGCAGCGGGAGGGACGGCUCCAGCAGCUACACCAGGAUAUCAACAAACUCAACAAGGAUAUAAGUAAGCGAAAUACAGACAAGACACACUACACAGACACAUACACAUACACAACGCAAUGGAGCCCAUCGUCGAUGUCUGUUGUGCUUCAGACAUGCUGGAGUUCCAAGUCCCCGCCUGCCCCCCGUCACGCCCUGCUGCUGCUUCUGCUGCCGCUGCGGCUGCGGCUGAGGUGCUGCCAACCCGCCGCCGGUCACCCACGCAGCCCACCACAGACAAGACGUCCAGCCACCGCAGCGCGCGACGGCCGCGCAGAGGCGCCGGUGCGGCCGCUGCUGCACAGCAGCCCAUGGACGAGGCGGCCAUGGCGCAGCAGCAGCAGGCCACGGACGAAGGGCUCCUACUCCUCUUGCUGGAUGGCGAAGAACUGCCCAGGAGCGACGAGAUGCGCCUGCGGCAUCGCUACGAGUCGGCCAUGAGGGAGAGGCGGGAGGCCGCAGCAGCUGCUGGUGGUGAGGACGUCGCCUCCCUUCCCUCCCAAUGUCGGCGCACGCGCCGCGACGGCCGGACGGACCCGGAAAGUCCGUCACAGGCCGCGGGCACCGCAUCGAGGAGCCGAGUGGCUGAUGCAGCUACCUGACGCCUUUCCCUCCCUCGCCGCCCUCACCCUGCCGCGCGGCUCGACGAGUCGGCGGAGGUCCUCCUCGUCGUCGUUAUCGCCCUCAUCGCCGCUCGAAAGCUCAUCUGCUCCUGGUGGUGAUGGGGCUGCUGCUGCUGCUGCUAAGGCAUUGGGAAGGGCGUCUUGGGAG